CGGUGCCAGCCGGUGUCAGUCCGCCGUCCGCGGGCAUGAGCGGCGCCGAGGGCCCCUCCGGCCCUGCCCUGCUCGGCAGCGGCGGCCGCAGCCCCCCGACGCCCCCAGCAACGACGCCCCCAGCAACGACGCCCCCGGCGCCGCCGCUGCCCCCGGCGCCGGGCAGCUUGUGGACGUCGGAGGGCCGUGGCCGGGGUCCCGGGGUCCCGGGUCCCUUGGGUCGCAGGCCGUCGGUGGCCUACGUGAUCAACGAGGCGGGCCCGGCGGGUCCGGGCCCAACGUGGCCGCCGGCCGCGGCCCUGCCCAGCCUCCGGGACGCCUGCGACGCGCUGGGGGCCCGCCUGGACACCCUGCACUUCGCCGAGCUGCACUUCGGGGACACCGGCGUGCUCGACCGCUUCUACAACGCAGAUAUCGCUGUGGUGGAGAUGAGCGACGCUUUCCGGCAGCCGUCCUUGUUUUACCACCUUGGGGUGAGGGAGAGCUUCAGCAUGGCCAACAACAUCAUCCUCUACUGUGAUACCAAUUCAGACUCUCUGCAGUCUUUGAAGGAAAUUAUUUGCCAGAAAAAUACUAUGAGCACUGGUAACUACACAUUCGUUCCUUAUAUGAUAACACCGCACAACAAAGUGUACUGUUGUGAUAGCAGCUUUAUGAAGGGAUUGACAGAACUAAUGCAGCCCAAUUUUGAGCUGCUGCUUGGACCUAUCUGUUUGCCUCUAGUGGAUCGCUUUAUUCAACUUUUGAAGGUGGCACAAGCCAAUUCCAGCCAGUAUUUCCGGGAAUCUAUUCUCAAUGAUAUCAGGAAGGCCCGCAGUCUAUACACAGGUAAAGAACUGGCAGUUGAACUGGCCAGGAUACGACAGCGUGUGGAUAAUAUUGAAGUUCUGACAUCAGACAUUGUCAUAAAUCUGCUGUUAUCCUACAGGGAUAUCCAGGACUAUGACUCUAUAGUGAAGCUGGUAGAGACUUUAGAAAAGCUGCCAACCUUUGAUUUGGCUUCCCAUCAUCAUGUGAAGUUCCAUUAUGCAUUUGCACUGAAUAGGAGAAAUCUCCCUGGAGACAGAACAAAAGCCCUUGAUAUUAUGAUUCCCCUGGUUCAAUGUGAAGGCCAAGUUGCUUCCGAUAUGUAUUGCCUAGUGGGUCGAAUCUACAAAGACAUGUUUUUGGACUCUAACUUUUCCGACACUGAAAGCAGAGACCGCGGAGCCGCCUGGUUCAAGAAGGCCUUUGAGUCUGAGCCAACACUACAGUCAGGAAUUAAUUAUGCUGUCCUCCUCCUGGCAGCUGGUCACCAGUUUGAAUCCUCCUUAGAGUUGCGGAAAGUUGGAGUGAAGCUAAGUAGCCUCCUUGGUAAGAAGGGAAACUUGGAAAAACUCCAGAGCUACUGGGAAGUUGGAUUUUUCCUUGGUGCCAGUGUCCUGGCCAAUGACCAUCUGAGAGUAAUUCAGGCUUCUGAAAAACUCUUCAAACUGAAGACACCUGCAUGGUACCUCAAGUCUAUUGUGGAGACAAUAUUGAUAUAUAAGCAUUUUGUAAAACUGACUACAGAACAGCCUCUAGCUAAGCAGGAACUUGUGGACUUUUGGAUGGAUUUCCUGGUUGAAGCCACAAAAGCAGAUGUGACUGUGGUAAGGUUUCCGGUUUUAAUACUAGAACCAACAAAAAUCUAUCAGCCGUCCUAUCUCUCUAUCAACAAUGAGGCAGAAGAGAAAACUGUAUCCAUCUGGCAUGUGCUUCCUGAUGACAAGAAAGGUAUUUAUGAGUGGAACUUUAGUGCUUCUUCCAUUAGGGGAGUAAGUAUUUCCAAGUUUGAGGAACGAUGCUGCUUUCUAUAUGUGCUUCACAACUCAGAUGAUUUUCAAAUCUAUUUCUGCACAGAACUUCACUGCAAGAAAUUUUUCGAGAUGGUGAAUACUAUCACUGAAGAAAAAGGGAAAAACACUGAGGAAGGGGAUUGUGACACUGAUUCCUUGGAGUAUGACUAUGAAUAUGAUGAAAACGGCGACAGAGUCAUUUUGGGGAAAGGCACUUAUGGCGUAGUUUAUGCUGGACGGGAUAUGAGCAAUCAAGUCAGAAUUGCUAUUAAAGAAAUUCCGGAGAGAGAUAGCAGGUAUUCCCAACCUUUACAUGAGGAAAUAGCUUUGCAUAAGCAUCUGAAGCACAAAAACAUUGUUCAGUACCUGGGGUCUUUCAGUGAGAAUGGUUUCAUCAAGAUUUUCAUGGAACAGGUCCCAGGAGGAAGCCUUUCUGCCCUUCUGCGGUCAAAGUGGGGCCCCCUGAAAGAUAAUGAGCAGACCAUUGGCUUUUAUACAAAACAAAUUCUGGAGGGAUUGAAGUAUCUUCACGAUAAUCAGAUAGUGCACCGGGAUAUAAAGGGUGACAAUGUGUUAAUCAAUACAUACAGUGGAGUUCUCAAGAUCUCAGACUUUGGUACAUCAAAGAGACUUGCCGGAAUCAAUCCAUGUACUGAAACUUUCACUGGCACUCUUCAAUACAUGGCCCCAGAAAUAAUAGAUAAAGGACCAAGAGGCUAUGGAAAAGCAGCAGAUAUUUGGUCUUUGGGCUGCACCAUCAUUGAAAUGGCCACAGGAAAACCUCCAUUUUAUGAAUUGGGAGAACCACAGGCUGCAAUGUUUAAGGUGGGAAUGUUUAAAAUCCACCCUGAAAUCCCAGAAUCCAUGUCAGCAGAGGCCAAAGCUUUCCUGUUGCGCUGUUUUGAACCAGACCCUGAUAAGAGAACCUUCGCUAAUGAGUUGCUUGUGGAUGAGUUCUUAAAGGUUUCCUGCAAGAAGAAGAAGACCCAGACUAAGCUCUCAGUUCUUUCGGCAGGAUCAAAUGAAUACCUUAGGAGUAUAUCUCUGCCGGUGCCUGUGGUAGUGGAAGAUACAAGCAGCAGCAGCGAAUAUGGCUCGGUUUCCCCAGACACAGACUUAAAGGUGGAUCCCUUCUCCUUCAAAUCAAGAGCCAAAUCCUGUGGGGAAAAGGAUGUGAAAGGGAUCCGGACCCUCUUUCUGGGCAUCCCAGAUGAGAAUUUUGAAGAUCACAGUGCCCCACCUUCCCCCGAAGAAAAGGAUUCUGGAUUCUUUAUGCUGAGGAAGGAUAGUGAACGAAGAGCGACCCUGCAUAGGAUACUAACAGAAGACCAGGAUAAGGUUGUGAGGAACUUAUUGGAAACCUUAGCCCAGGGAGCUGAAGAACUCAAACUGAAGUGGGAGCACAUCACCAUGUUGGUCACCAGCUUGAGAGAGUUUGUGAGGUCCACUGACCGGAAAAUCAUAGCCACCACUUUGUCCAAGCUGAAACUGGAGUUAGACUUUGACAGCCAUGGAAUCAGUCAGGUUCAAGUGGUGCUGUUUGGGUUUCAAGACGCUGUCAAUAAAGUUCUCCGGAACCAUAACAUCAAGCCACACUGGAUGUUUGCCUUGGACAGUAUCAUUCGAAAGGCUGUGCAGACAGCAAUUACCAUUCUGGUUCCAGAACUGAGGCCACAUUUUAGCCUGGCGUCUGAGAGUGAUACAGCCGACCAGGAAGAUCUAGAAGUUGACGAUGACAAUGAGGAGCAACCGCAGAAUCAAACAAGCCAACGACCUCCUGCUCUAACAGAAGAUGCUGUGGCCACCUCAGGGGUGAGCACACUCAGUUCAACUGUAUCCCAUGAUUCCCAGAAUGCGAACAGAUCAUUGAACGUGCAGUUGGGGAGGAUGAAAAUACAGACCAAUAAGCUGUUGGAAGAAUUAGUGCGGAAGGAGAGAGAAUUCCAAGCUCUUUUGCAUCAAGCUAUUGAAGAAAAGGAUCAAGAAAUUAAACACCUGAAGCUUAAAUCGCAGCCAAUAGAUAUUCCUGGACUCUCAGUGUGCCACUUUAGUCCAUCGGGCCUAAAUGCCGAAGACCCGGAGCUGAGACCCUGGCUGAGAGAGAACGGGGCUGACGAAGACACCAUAAACAGGUUUUUGGCUGAAGAUUACACACUGAUGGAUGUUCUCUACUCUGUGACAAGGGAUGAUCUGAAAUGCCUGAGGCUAAGGGGAGGAAUGCUGUGCACGCUUUGGAAGGCCAUCACCGACUAUCGGGAAAAACACCCUUGAUUAUGGCUAAAUGCGUUUCUUUUCCGCCGUGGAAACUCUGAAAAUGAACACAGCCCAGAAUGAUCAUUUGUUUGAAAUAAGCACAGAGCGAGGUGAAAAGACACUGCACUUUAAUCCAGUAUUUGUUUACCGAUGUUAGAAACACUGCAGCUUCCUAACUGCUUUUAUUUCUACAAUUCGUAUGAAUUCUAUAAGGAAUGUUUAGAAUUCUUUGAAUCUGAACAUUUUUACAUUGGGGCAUAUUUUAUCCUUGCAGCAACUAGAGCUAAAGAAGCCAAAUGUAAAUUUCACACAAAACUGAUGUAACAUUUCAUGUGAUUGUGCAUCACUGGAACAGAACCAUAAUGUGACCAUAACUUUUCAGGUUUAUGUUUGUUUUUGUAAUGUAGCCUAAUCAUCUGUAGUCAAAAUGAAUAAUUUUCAUUAUUGUGUAAAGCUUACAUGGUUUUAUUUUUGUAAAUGUGCAGAAUCGGAGAAUAAUUGUUUUUACUUAUUAGUCUUUAAAAGCUAUCAUAUUGUAUAUUUUUUGUAACUUAAGUUUCUGGUCAAAAGUGCAUUUGUUUUAGAGUUGCUCAUGUACUACUGAACUGUACCAGUUAUAUAUGCCUGAAUCAUAGUUUAUGUUAGCUUGUUCUAAAGCUAUCUAUUGUGACACAUACACUCUUAAAAAUAAAAGGAAUAUAAAAAAUACUUUUUUUGAUAAAUUCUGAUAUGAAUUCUUCUUUGUUGUUGAGUUAUACAUUAUAAAGGCAUUUGACUUGUUGUCCAAGGUAUCACUAUGAAGUUUUACUUUAUUUGGCUUUAUAAAAAUAACUCAAUAAAGACGGCUC